CACUUGCCGGCUUUUCGUUCUCUUCGCAUUUCAGUUUCGCUUCGAUUCUCGCAAACCUCGACUGUACUGCCGUCGUUCAGGGAAUUUGCCACCGUUCCAGUGACAAAAGCGGGGUGCAAAACUUGUGAAAUUCACGGGCGUUUCCUCUGAUCCUAGCCAAAGUCUCAGUGACUUAGCAAAAUCCUUUGGAAAAGUUUCUCUUACAUAAUUCGAGAAAAAUUCAACGUGCAAAAAUGUCGUGGGUGCCGCUGGAAUCCAACCCUGAGGUCAUGAACAAGUACUUGGAGAACCUUGGUGUGCCGACCAAGUGGCAGAUGAUGGACGUGUACGGCCUUGAUGCAGAUUUGCUGGCGACUGUGCCUCGUCCUGUGCUUGCUCUGCUGCUGCUCUUUCCCAUCAACGACGGGUACACGCAGUUCUGCAAGGAGCAGGAUGCUGAAAUCAAAAGCAAGGGACAGACUGUCUCGGACAAAAUUUUCUACGUCAAGCAAAAGAUCAGCAAUGCCUGCGGCACCAUGGCCCUCAUCCACAGCGUCGCCAACAACACUGACCAGAUUACACUUGGAGAUGGUGCUCUCAAGAAAUUCAUUGAAGAGUCUGCUGGAAUGGACGCUGUAGGUCGUGGAGACCUGCUUUUGAAGGCUGAUGCCAUUGCCAACAUUCACAAGGAGCUGGCCCUGACCGGCCAAAGUGAAGCCCCUGACGCCACCCAACCAGUCAACUUCCACUUUGUGGCUUUGGUGCAUGUUGACGGAGGACUCUAUGAGCUCGAUGGAAGCAAGUCCUUCCCCAUCAACCACGGAGAUACAACUCCGGAAACUUUCCUUGAAGAUGCAGCCGUUGUGUGCCGCAAGUACAUGGAGCGUGACCCUGAGAACGUCAACUUCACCAUUGUAGCUUUGGCUGCCAACAACUAGAUGGUCACCUCAAAAUCUGCUUCACCGCCAGCUUUGUAAAGCUUUUAACAGCUUCACUGAAAUUGGCUAAAUCUAACUUUAAAGUAAGAUAAGAGAAAAAUUUUAACGGAUCUCUGUAAUGAAAAGAGUCAUUUCAACUUUUCAAAGUAAAAGUAAAGAAAAACUGCAAGUCUUCUCAAGCAUAUCUCAAAUUUAAAAUUAACGGAGGUCAAUCUAAUUUUUAUAAGGUACUUUGAUCACCUCUGUGAUUCGCGUGCCUGUCCCAUGAGUUUUUUUCUGUAGACAUGGCAGCUUCUGUAUGAAUUAAUUAUGCAAGGAUGUACUGCUUUUUGCUUGAAAAAUAAAAAAAGAUUACCACAGAA